AUGGUGCAUGUCCAUACUAAUGACACUGCAUCAUGGAAUAUCUCUCAGAUUACUGAUAGACUACUUCAGGGAACUCAGAAGGGUGCUGAGAUAGAAGAAUAUUCAAGUGAUUUUCUUGGAGAUCAUUCCUGUCCCAUGAGCAAAGGAAGAAAGGAGGCAGAACGUUCUGGAAGUGAAAAGCUGGCUAGUUAUCAGGAGGAGGAGGAAACUGCAUGUGUCAGCACACUGGAGGACACCCUCCAGCCUGAACCGCCAGGGGUCAUCCUGACUUUUAAGACAAUGACAGUGAACUCUGGGAAAAGCAAAAGGACAUCUAGUUAUCCAGCACUUAGGAGACACAGAGGCCAGCUCUCUAACUUUGAAGAGUGGAUCCCUUUCCAUAACAUACUUUAUUUUUGUGUUCUGUUUGUUUUUCAGAAAAUGUUUGAAAAUUUAGAAGCAGAAGGAUUUCCUGUCAUAGAGACAAGUACUCUAACAGAAGAAGGUGUGAUUAAAGUUAAAACAGAGGCCUGUGACAGACUGUUGUCCCAUCGUGUUGAUACCAAAAUGAAAGGAAAUAAGGUGAAUGAAGUGCUGAACCGACUACAUUUAGCUGUACCAAGCAAAAGAGAUAAUAAGGAAAGGCCACCUUUCAUUCCUGAGGGAGCAAUAACACGUAAGAAACGCAUGGAAGUAGAUGCACCUAAAAAGAGGAGGGAGAGAGAUCUUGAAGUGGAAAUGGGAGAUGAUUAUGUUUUGGAUCUUCAGAAAUACUGGGAUCUAAUGAAUUCAUCUGAAAAAUAUGAUAAGAUACCUGAGAUCUGGGAAGGACAUAAUAUAGCUGAUUAUAUUGAUCCAGAUAUCAUGAGGAAACUGGAAGAGUUGGAGAAAGAGGAAGAGCUGAAGCAAGCUGCUGGGGAAUAUGACAGUGAACCGGAAAGUGAAGAUGAGGAAAUGAUGGAAAUCAGACAACUGGCACAACAGAUUCGAGAAAAAAAGAAACUAAAAAUUCUGGAAUCCAAGGAAAAAGAUACUCAGGGUCCAAAAAUGCCUAGGACAGCUAGAAGGGUCCAACGGAAGAUACUAGAGAAGGAGAUGAGCACCCUUGGUCUUGACAUGGCUGGUAAAGAUGAAGCACAUUACAUGAUCCAAACAAGAAGAUCCAGAAGUGUUACUAGGAAACGUAAACGUGAAGAAUCUGAACCCCCUAAGUCUGCAGCACGCAGUCGCAGUUCCUCUCGCACACCACGUGACACUUCCGGUCUGCGAGAUGCAAAGAUGGUGAAGAAGGUUAAGACUAUCAUGAAGAAUUCUCAAAAGAAAAUGAAUCGCUUGGGCAAGAAAGGAGAGGCAGAUAGGCAUGUAUUUGACCUUAAACCCAAACAUUUACUGUCUGGGAAAAGGAAAUCUGGUACAACACAGAGAAGAUAAAACAUUUUUCUGAAUUAAAACUACUUUGCUGUCCUGUUUUUUUCCCCCUAAUAAAAACUAGACCAUAUAAUCUGGAAACAAAAAUAAUUAUUAAAGAAAUGCAGAAAUCUUUCCUUGGGUAACUAUUUAGAUCUAAAUGUACAGAGGGAGAGUUUGACAUUUUGGUUCCAUAGUCCAAAGUGGGUUAGUAGAACCAUGGGAAAUUGAUAUGACUAUCACCACUAGAACCAGAGUUUUGAAUGGACGUCAGGUUGGCAUCAGUCCAGAUGAACCGUCUGAAUAACUACAGAAGUUGAGGAUAUUAAACCCAAAUGGACUUGAGAUGUUGUCAUAAGAAAAUAACCAUAACGAGAAACUUCACAUUAGCUUGGCCAGUUAAAAUGGUCUUAAGGAUAUUUUACAUCACAGUGGUUCCAAAAAAUACAUUAUUAACAAUAACAAAACAACGGUAAUAUUUAGCAUUAUGCCACAUGCACAGUAUUACAAAUAGCUUGUUAUGAGAUUACAUACUUAUUCAGCACAUGCAAAGCUGGAGAUUUUAAUACUAUCUUAAAUUUAAAAAAAAUCCAAUGCUAUAGAGCACUUUAGUUUUUUUUAAUGAUCAUGAUUGAAACAUUUGCUUGUUUCUGUACUAAUUUGCAUAUGACUUGUUAAAUGAAAAAUAGGAAACAAUACAUGUUCUUUAGUAAAUCAAUAGGAUCUGUUAUCUUUGUUCUCAGCUCAGCAGGAGCUUGUUUCAUUUAUUGUGUUAGGGCAUUUAAUUUACACUGUAAGGUAGAGGUGGGUUUUUAAAUGAGGUACUUUUUGCAGUAAUAGAUGUAAAACAAACUCUUAAAGCCUUCAUGUUGGGGAGCUUAUGCUUAGACUUUCCAAACUAUAGCGGAGCACAGUGCUAAUUCUCUACAAUCCUAAAAUAAAAUAGCAAGUAUAUUUUCUGCUGGCUCCGGGAAAACUGUUGAUGGUCAGAAGGGCUGAGUGAUACUGGCUAUCUGUGUCUGACAGCCAAGCCCCUCUUCCCCACCACGUCCCCAAACACACACACGCUAGCGUCAUUAUGUAUAGUAUAAAGUAAGAAAAAAGCAGAUGUUAAAACCUCCAGCACUAGUAUAAGGAAAUAUUUUGGCUUAAGAAUUUGAUUAAAAAGUAUAUAAUAAUUUAAAACUUGCAAGAAUAUAAUGUUUAGAAAGGGGAGACUAGAACUUUGCCUUUUACACUCUGGCUAAAAUCAGGGCAAGUUUAGCUAUAGUACUUUUGUUUUGACAUGUUGAAACUUUGCUCUUUGGCUUUCAGUAUUUGUUCCAGGCAAGGUGUACUCUCCCAAUUGCUGAAUCUGCCACUUUUUAUGCCAAAGAGAUAAUCUUGUCUUUAAGUAGUUGACCCUGCCUUUGAUCCCUUCAUUUGAAUUGGGAUGUGGAUAUUCUGUUGCAUGAGUGGGAUGUAUCUAUUUAAUCUAUUUGUUUAAUGAAUCAGAUAAGCAGCAUGCACUUUCCAUUACUGAACUGUUUUUAUAGUCAGUUUAUUGUAACAUCCCUCUAUUAUGGAGUAGAAUGGUCUUCCCCAUCUUUGGUUUCAUUCUGAUAAUCAGACUUUGUGUAAAAUCUUCAAAAGCAGCUAAUCGGACAGUUUUAGUGAAAUAUUCCUUUAGUUUAAUCGUGGUAUUCAUUGGAAUGUCUCUAGAGGUACACGAAUGCAAUUUCAGCAGAUGUCCUCUACACGGAUAUUUCAGUUCCUGUUUUAAUGUGCAAGAACAUGAUUAGCUUUCACUGACAAUACAGUAGUGAAGCACUAGUUGUGACUGUACUGUUGAAUUUCUUCUCCGUUUUUUAAUGUUAGUGAGACAAGUUGUGCAUUAUACAUAAACUUAUUUCUUUCAUUUAUGAAAAGCAAUCGAUUUUUUUUGGCAGCUAUAUUAAUACAUCACUUAAGUGCUUUCCCUAGAAGUGCAGGUUAUUGUAAAUUGAGUUUAGUUUUGUUUAUUAAAAGUGUUUAAGCUGUUUUUGU